AUGACAACGGAAACAGGAAACAGUUCAACAAGCAACGGCAACGACAGCCUCGCCCUCACAUCCAUCAUCAACAUCAUCACCUCUCUUCUUUCAGUCAACAUCAUUACUAGCACCAGCAUCUUCUUCGUCAUCACCAUCAUCAUCAUCAUCAACGCUCUCGCCAAUGAUGACGCCCCCAACAAGGGCGCCCCUUUUGAAAGUUUAUCUGCCCGAGUUGAGGACAAGAGCCUUCAAUUGCAGCUGAUUAGAUUGGAACACUUGUGCCUCCAAUACCUCCAGAACUCCAUCAACAUCCAAAACGUCUUAACCGCCCUUCGAAACGCAGACGACCUUGGCCUCAGCUACAUCAAGGACUACUGCCUGCACUAUAUAAUAAAGGACCCAUUGUACAGCAGCAUCGUAGUUAGCAAGGACUUCGAGACGGUCAGUAAGACACUUAUCAUCGAAAUCGUCAGACUGAGGCAGAACCACAACAAACUCAGUGCUGAUAUGAUCUCUAGGGCCUUCGAUGUGCAUCAUUCCAACACUUUGGAGUCUGACAUGAAAAAAUUCUUAACGGAAGACGACCUAUUCAGCGAUAUAACUCUCGAACUCAACGACUUCAAGUUCAGAGGUCAUAGGUCAAUAUUGGCUGCAAGGUCGAGUUUCUUUGAAGCCCACCUCAGGUCCUUUCCACCUUCGGAUGGCGUUAUUAAGAUUCCGAUAGAGGUCAUGAUUCCCCAAUCACUGACGAGCCUACUGAAGUACAUUUACUACGGAGAUACCAACAUGUCGCCCGACCACUCACUCUACCUUUUCUCAGCUUCCUCCUUCUUUGGCUUCACUAAUAAUAGACUGCAAACUCACACUCGAUAUUUCGUCUGUUGA